AUGGCGGAAAAGAAGGUGGUGCUGAAGCUGGACCUGCACGACGACAGGCAGAAGCAGAAGGCGCUCAAGGUCGUCUCCACUCUCCACGGCAUCGACCAGAUCGCCGUGGACAUGAAGGACCAGAAGAUGACGGUGGUGGGCACCGUCGACCCCGUCGACCUCGUCGGCAGGCUGCGCAGCAAGCUCUUCCCCACGGCGCAGAUGCUCUCCGUCGGCCCGGCCAAGGAGGAGAAGAAGGACGGCGGCGCCAAGAAGGAAGCCGAUACCAAGAAGGAGGGCGAGAAGAAGGACGCGGUCCCGGUGUACAUGCCGUGGUACCCGCCGCCGCCGCCGCCGCAGUACCACCCGCACCCGUACUACCACAACCACAGCGCCGAGGAGGACCCCACUGGCCGUGUGCUCCGCUGCCUGCCGGUCGCUCAUGCCAGCUACGGCGAUCGACGGCGUGCGCCAAUGUGCCAUACAUAA